AUGCUGAACCCAAACGAAGAAGAAGUGAACACAGAAGAAAUCUCGAUGGCCACAACUUUGGAUUUAAAACCACCACCUCCGUUUGAUGCAGAGGGUGAUAAUUCCUCGCUAGCCCAACGCUGGAAAGAAUGGCGAGAACGUUUUAAUAUGUAUACAGUAGCUGCCAACAUCAAGGAUGAUGCACAGAAACGCGCAGUGUUAUUGUAUGUAGCUGGCCCGUCGGUUCAUAAAAUAUUCAAAACACUACAAGACACAGGGACAGAUUUCAAAACAGCUCUAGAGAAGCUCGACGAAUAUUUUCAGCCACAAAAGAAAGUAAUAUAUGAACGCUAUGUGUUUAAACAGACACAUCCAACGCCUGGAGAAUCGGUAGAUAGCUACAUAACUCGUCUACGUACACUAGCCGAAACGUGUGAAUUCGAAAGCGCCGAGAAUGAAAUACGCGAUCAGUUUGUUAUGACAUGCUCGUCUCAUGGAUUUCGUACGAAGCUUUUACGCGAGACAGAUCUGACAUUGGUUAAGCUUAUUACCAUGGCGCGAGCGAAGGAAUUAGCAGAAAAACAAGCGUCGAAUAUCUCGGGACACAAUAACUCUCGGAACAAUGUUAAUCGUGUAAAAGACGAGGGAAAUGACGAAGCUAAAGACAAGGUAAGACAUGCUAAAUAUGUACCAAAACCACACAAACAAAAUCAAUGCCGAAAUUGUGGAAAUGAAUUUAAACAAGGGCAUAAAGAUGUCUGUCCUGCGAAGGGCAAAACCUGUAGAGCUUGUGGAAAGCUCAAUCAUUUCGCUAGAGUUUGUCGAAGUCGAAAAAAUCCCCCGAAAGAUAGUAAGAAAGAUUCGAGAGAGUCUGUUAGAGUUGCACAACAACAACAAACCCAAAAACAAAGCCCUCCUAAUUCGUCCGACGAUGAGUAUACUUUUGCUGUUUCAUCAUCAAAAAUAACUAACAUUCAAAUACAGAUCAAUGGGACCCCUAUCGCUGUGAUUAUCGAUUCAGGAGCGACGACAAAUAUUCUUGAUAGUGAAGCAUUCGCUUGUAUUAGGAAAAGAAAUAAACAUGUACAAUUAGAGCCAACACAAACAAAUAUAUAUGCAUAUAAUGCCGUUCAGCCCUUGCCAUUGCUCGGAAAGUGUCGUUUAGCGGUUGAAUCGAAUGGAAAGCGUACAAUAUCGACGUUUUAUGUUGUCAACGGCAAAGCAGGAUCACUUCUCGGUAGUGAAACAGCCGCAGAGUUAGGCAUUUUAAAAAUAAAAGUUAACGAAGUCUCUAAAUUUCAUAGCAUGAAAACAACCGGAAGUCGAGGUAGGAAUGAAAUCAACACCGGAAGCCACUCAAACGGAAGUGACGCGAACAGUCAAAGUGACUCCGGAAAUCGAGAAAUAAGGGACAGAAAUAGCCUGAAAAACAUUGACAUUAAUACACAGAAAAUUUUAGAUAAAUUUCCAGAACUCUCUGACGGAAUAGGGUGUUUGCAAAAUUAUGAACAGUCAUUGCAUGUUGAUCGUACAGUUACCCCUAUUGCACAACGCCCUCGGAGAGUCCCUUUCCAUUUACGAAAGCAAGUUUCAGAUAAACUAGAAGAAUUACAAAGUCUCGAUAUUAUUGAACCUGCCGAAGGACCUACUUCAUGGGUAUCACCCAUAGUAGUUGCUCCCAAACCACACAAUUCAGAUGAAAUCAGAUUAUGCGGAGAUUACCGUAGACCAAAUCAGGCAUUGUUAAGGGAGAGACAUCCAAUCCCAACAGUUGAUGAGUUAAUGGAAGAAAUGUCUGGUGCUGUCGUGUUUUCUAAGCUAGACCUCAAAGCAGGAUACCAUCAGAUAGUCCUAGAAGAUAACUCGCGUAACAUUACCACUUUUUGCACACACAAGGGGUUGUUUCGGUAUAAGCGCCUGCCAUUUGGUCUGUCAUGUGCUUCAGAAGUAUUCCAAAAUGCAAUACAGCAAGCGCUCCAAGGUCUACACGGCGUACGAAAUAUCGCAGACGAUAUUAUUGUAUGGGGUAAAACCCAAACCCAGCAUGACAAGAAUUUAGAAGCACUGUUACAGCGAUUAGUUGUCAAGAAACUUACAUUAAACCUGGAGAAAUGCAAGUUUAAUCAACCGUAA